AGCGAAAAUUAUUUAGUUUUUUGCGGUUUUUGCCUUCUUUUUUCAUUAACUCCCUUCUUUCUUCCCAUUGAGGAUGGAGUCUAACUUCUUCAAAAAUGCUGAGCUAAAGCUGCUGCGGAAGGACGGCAGCGCUGUCCUGGCCUCCGAGGCGUUGAAAGAGGCGGACUUUGUUCUCCUGUACUUCUCCGCCCACUGGUGCCCGCCGUGCCGCGAGUUUACACCGCUGCUGAAGAAGUUCUACGAGGCGCAGCACGAAAAGAAAAGGUUUGAGGUCGUCUUCAUGUCGCUCGACAACUCGGAGAAGGAGAUGCUGGACUACUUCGCCGAGGCACACGGCGACUACUACUGUAUGACCUACGCAGACACCAAGGCCAUGUCGUGGGGAUGGGGUCAAAAAUAUGGAUUCAAGACCAUCCCGACGCUGCUCGUGUUCGAGAACGGAAGUCAGCGCAACUUGAUGGCGAAGUGUGGGCGCAAAAUGGUGUUAAAGGACCCAAGCGCGGAAACCUUUCCCUGGCGUGAUGCGGACGCCAUGCAGCCUGCCCAGCGCAACACCGCGGAGUACAUUCGAAACGGUCUGCUGGUGCUGUGCAUCCUGUGGUUGGUCUACUCGUUUCUCACCCGGUAA